AUGGCGGCGACCUUUGACUCUGACCCAAAAAAAUCUCAAAAAAUUAAGGAGACAAUUACGAUUCUGCUUAUCUACACAUAUCUAAGGAAUUUAGAAGGCACUUGUAGUAAAAUGUUGCCAAAAGGAGGAGGUUUUCAAAAGGAGGAGGUUUUCAAAGAAAGUAGAAUAGUGGUGUCCAUUGUUUGA